CGUGUUACGCGGCAUAAGAGAUGAAAACAUGGCAGUGGGAAUGAGCCAAGCAGAGGAACAGAUGCAGCAAAAGGAAGAGGGCGAAGACGACGACCGGUCAAUAUCUAGGUCUGACAGUGGCAGUGGAGAGGACUCUCUGGACAGCCUCUUAAGUCGUCGAUGUCCCCUCACGCCUUCGCUGUCGCCGCGGAAACGCACCACCAGCCAGAGCAAAACUGAGCCCCCGCUGCUGCGGACCAACAAGAGGACCAUUUACACCGCGGGGCGGCCACCGUGGUACAAUGUCACUGGGACCACCUUCAAAGAGGCUUUUGUCAUUGGCUUGUGUGGUGGCAGUGCCUCUGGGAAGACCACCGUAGCCAAUAAGAUCAUCGAGGCGCUGGACGUCCCGUGGGUGGUGCUGCUCUCCAUGGACUCCUUCUACAAGGUCCUGUCCAAAGAGGCACAGGAGCUGGCAGCCAGGAACGAGUACAACUUUGACCAUCCCGACGCCUUCGACUUUGAGCUGCUGGUGACCGUGCUGCGGAAACUCAAGAAGGGAAAGAGCAUCAAAGUGCCCGUUUACGACUUCACAACGCACAGCCGCCGCAAGGAGUGGAAAACCGUCUAUGGGGCCAACGUGGUUAUAUUCGAAGGGAUUCUGGCAUUUGCCAACAAAGAACUUUUAAAGCUGCUGGACAUGAAGGUGUUCGUGGACACGGACUCGGACAUCCGCCUGGUGCGCCGUCUGAAGCGCGACAUCAUGGAGCGCGGCCGCGACAUCGGCGGCGUCAUCAAGCAGUACAACAAGUUCGUCAAGCCGGCGUUCGAGCAGUACAUCGAGCCCACCGUGCAGGUGGCCGACAUCGUGGUGCCCCGAGGUGGGGAGAACUUUGUGGCUCUGGACCUAAUUGUCCAGCACGUUCACAGCCAACUGGAGAAGAGGAAGCUCCGCUGGGAUAUAUCAGCUCUGGCCUCCGCCCACCAGGGGCAGCCUUUGCCUGAGACCCUGAGUGUGCUGGAGAGCACCCCACAGGUGCGGGGGAUGCACACCAUCAUCAGGAAUAAGGACACUAAUCGGGACGAAUUUAUUUUCUACUCCAAGAGAUUAAUGAGGCUUCUGAUUGAGCACGCCCUGUCCUUUCUGCCUCUGAAGCCCGUGUCUGUGGAGACACCUCAGGGAACCGUUUACGAGGGGAAGAGACUCAGUGGGAAAAGGAUCACGGGCGUGUCCAUUCUGCGGGCGGGGGAGACCAUGGAGCAGGCUCUGACUGCCGUGUGUAAAGACAUCCGGCUCGGCAAGAUCCUCAUCCAGACCAACCACGACACUGGAGAGCCUGAGCUCCAUUACCUGCGCUUGCCGAAGGACAUCAGUGAAGACUACGUGAUCCUGAUGGACAGCACCGUCUCCACGGGGGCCGCGGCCCUGAUGGCCGUCAGGGUCCUUCUGGAUCACGACGUGCAGGAGGAUAAGAUCUUUCUGCUCUCGCUGCUGAUGGCGGAGAUGGGCGUGCACUCGGUGGCCUACGCCUUCCCCAAAGUACGCAUCAUCACCACCGCCGUGGACAAGAAGGUCAACGACGAGUUCCACAUCAUCCCCGGCAUCGGUAAUUUUGGGGACCGUUACUUUGGGACUGACGCCCCCUCUGACUGGUACGAGAGCGAUGAAGGAAUGGACUACUGAAGACCAGGAGGGGGUGGCGGGUGGGUUACAGGAGCACUUAUCCAUGUCUCACACACACACACACACACACACACACCCACGUUUUCCUACAGCCUCCUUGUGCCCCAAUCACUCUGCUGGCUCACUCCAGGAUGGAGGGCCAAUCAUUUUAAGGGCCAAACCUGAAAUCGCCCUCCAAAGGAGCUACUGCGGCGAAGAAGAAAUCUCUCUGCAAGUGUCCCGUUUCCAGGUGUCCCCAUUCAUUUCAAUACACGGGGAGGGAAGGAUUUACUUGAUUCAUGAAUUGGCGGGUUUAACCUGUCCUGCGGCAUGGCUUCUCCUUUUAACCCCUUAAGGUGUGAAAUAAUGUGAUUGGAAUGUCCUUCGAACAUUCUAAUGCUGAUGUAACGAUCACUACUGGUAAUCGAAGGCAACUGAGUUCUAGAAUGCUGACUUAGAAUGUUGGAAAGACAACAUUCCAAAAAGCCUACUUUUCAAAGGGUUUACAGCCGAGUCCCUGUGGUUUACGGUCUGCACACUGGCAGUUAGGCGGUUGGGCAGUUUCUGCUGUUGCAGGUUGCACUUGUGCACAGUCUAGAGCAGGGGUGUGCAGUCUUGGUCCUGGAGGGCCCUUCUAUAUCCAAGUUUAUGUCUCUACCAAUUAUCCUGGCUCAGUUAAUUAGAUUCUCUUCUUGAGUAGACCACAGUAAAGCACUACAUUUAGGUUUUUUUGUCUUUUGUUUUUUACUGACUUUUAGGACAGUUGUCAUUCAUGAGUUUAGCUAUGAAUACAGGAAACAUUUUGGGUCAUGUAAAUGAUUGGGCUGGUUAUAUAACUAAGAGCAGGUGUGCAUGAGGUCAAGAAACCAAUGUGGCCCUCCUGGAAUCUUCUGCGACCCCUGGUCUAGGUCAAAUUUUGACUAGCAGUCGGUUUACAUCUGGUGGUCCUUGUAACAGUCCUCCCAAACCAAGUAAUGGCUUAAAUUGUGACAGUUGAGAGCAAAAUUUUUUUAAUUUUUUUUUAAAGGAGGUAUAUUAUAGCCCCAGAGGGCAGGAGUUGUCCAUUCAUGACUUGAACUUAACAGAAGUGGGCCAAAAUGUAGGACUGACAAUACUGAGUCAUGUGACUUGGCGGCCAUGUGGAGUGGCAACCAAGGAACAAGUGUAAGGAAGUACUGUAUGACGCAUGUUUUCAUGCCAAUUGUGUUUUUUAUUUUUAUUAGCCUAUUUUGCUUUUUUGUCAUCACUGCCAAUGUUUCAGCACUCAAUAUCCAAAGGAUGCCGAGGCAGGUAUGAGUUAUGAGUUUAGCUUUGCAGUUUGGGUUCUGUUGGAUGGGAGGCUUCCAUUGCUGAGAGGGUGGGGUGGGUACAUGCACGUAUGGAGGUCAUGGUGGUGCGGAGGUACACCAGAGAAGUGGACAUGGUGAGUGAAGGUGGUGGGAUACAGUGAACGUAUGUAUGGAGUGCUGUUGGAGAAGCCGUCACCGUUUAGGUAAGUUUGAAAAUCACAUAGAGGCCCUGUGCCUGGUGAACUCGGGAGUGCAUUUUGAGAUGAUGCACGGUUGGAAGCUGUGAAAGCUGUUGCUUCUGAAUUGAGUCCCAAGAACAGGACUGCACCUCACUCACGGCAGGUUCUGUGUUUAGACCGACUUUAAAAGGGCCCUCUGUAAUGGAAGCCACCUUAUCCAGCACAUUUUACAUAGCACAUUUUUUCUCUCCAUGUAUUAGAUGAGGCAAAUUUCAGAAGUGCAGGUUAUAUUACUUUGCAGCAGCCAAUAUUUCUGGGAUAUAUACUUGAAUUUAGCCUUUUCUGUCUUAAGUUAUUUUCUCAUGUUUAUUUAAUGCUCUUAAAACCGUGUCUCCCUGACUCACAAAAGUUGUAAGCCCCGAUAUGCAACUUGUGUUUAAAAAAAAAAAAAAAAAAAAAAAAAAGUGCUUAAAUUAGAUUUCUUUUUUUUUUUCUCUUUUUUUUGGGGGGGUUAGAGUGUCAGUAUUUUCCUUUUGUUUAUUUGGUGCUUUUGUUGUUUUGGGGGAUUAAAACAUAGUGAUCAGGGGAGUGUAUUUAAUGUUAAUUUCGUCUUAAGAAGACUUGGUCAUUUUAAAGGCAUUACAUCGAAGAUGGAGAGGCCAGCGUAUUACCAUUUGCAGUAUGUGUUUAAAGUCAUUUGUGAGGUUUUCUCAAGCAAUUGCAUUAUGACAAACCGAAACAGUGUGUGGCUUUGAAAGUCCUCUUCAAAAUAAGAGUGAAACAAGCAUAGAGGUUUAAUGCCAGAGAGGCAUCUGAAGACUGUAGGAAGACUGCUCAUGUACCUUUAUUGUGAAGGAUUUGAUUUUUGAUCAAGGUAUACUGGCGAUUUGAUAUGUUGGUGAACAGAUUCCAGCGGUAAUACACCAAAAGUUUAUAUGAACUGUAAGCCAGAUCAGGAGUAUUCUUGCCAUUGUGUCGAGUUCUACUACACAGUGACUGCAUUAAACUUAAGAGCUGGGGUUGUACAGGAAUUUCACUCCUGCUGUGUAUUUGGCUCUCUUAAGCGCAAACAAACACAGUAUCUGGCUUUAGUGCUAAGUUUUUGAUCUGUAUUUUCCUGUACUUAGACCUGCCAAAAGGAUCGUCGAUUUUGCUAAAUAAACCAGGUUACGUUUGUCUUUUUAAACGGCAGCCAUAAUUCAAGCUUGGUUGUUUCAUUAUCUGUAUUUGAAUUCACCUGGAGUUGUACUGUGAGAAGUUCGAGCUUAUUUGGGUGAGCUACCAAGCUUGUGAGAGUUUGAUGGUCAGGCUUUUCCUUUUCAACAAAGUGGAUUGAAGACUUCAGUGGACUCGACUUUAGAGCACUGUUCGGUUGGCUAUACAAGUAUGUGUCGAUCUGCUUGCUCUGGAAUAUUGAAUUAUGUAAGUAAUUUGGUAUGUCCAGUUGCCUUGGGGCGUCCUUUUUAAAAAUGAUAAUGUACUGUUUUUGUGUGUUUUUUUGGUUUUGUUUUUUAAUACUCUUGAAUUGUUAUGUCAGUUUCCACUGAUGUCGUCAUCAAAACAUUGUGAUUCCUGCUCUUGACCAAAAAGACAACUUGGUCACUUGAACACUGAAUUCUGUUUUAUCCUUUCACAGUGCUUUAACGCAACCAGCAUUUUUUUUCCUGAUGCUUACAAGCCAUUACUUGUUAAUGUUGACAGUUUUAUGCGUUUAUGUUUAGUGAAGUUAAAUAAAGAUAAUAUAAAUGCA